GCACGACCCUGCGCAGCGCGGCGGAGGGCUCGCUUGACUGACAGGCGGCGGCGGGGGCUGUGGCGGCGGCAGGUUCCUUGGCCGCGGUCUCCUGUCACCACAGACCACCGCAGCCCGUCACUGCCAGCUGUCCUGGGAGAAUGUGAAUGCUGGCUGCUUGCUGUGAGCUUCGCUCCGCCCAGAGGUGAGCCCGGGCCACUAUGGGGGACUCCAGGGAACUCUGCCCUCACCUGGACUCCAUAGGGGAGGUGACCAAAGAGGACCUGCUGCUCAAGUCUAAGGGAACUUGCCAGUCAUGUGGUGUCACCGGACCAAACCUGUGGGCCUGUCUUCAGGUCGCCUGCCCCUACGUUGGCUGCGGGGAGUCCUUUGCUGACCACAGCACCAUUCACGCACAGGCCAAAAAGCACAACUUGACCGUGAACCUGACCACGUUACGGGUGUGGUGUUACGCCUGUGAGAAGGAGGUGUUCCUGGAGCAGCGGCUGGCGGCCCCCCCGCGGGGGUCCUCGCCCACGUUCUCUGGACAGGACUCUCCCCCGCCUUCCCACCCACUGAGAGCUGUCCCCAUAGCCGUGGCUGAUGAAGGUGAAUCUGAGUCAGAGGACGACGACCUGAAACCCCGAGGCCUCACAGGCAUGAAAAACCUUGGGAACUCCUGCUACAUGAACGCUGCCCUGCAGGCCCUGUCCAACUGCCCUCCGCUGACCCAGUUCUUCUUGGAGUGUGGAGGCCUGGUGCGAACCGACAAGAAGCCAGCCCUGUGCAAAAGUUACCAGAAGCUGGUCUCUGAGGUCUGGCACAGGAAGCGGCCAAGCUACGUGGUCCCCACCAGCCUGUCGCACGGGAUCAAGUUGGUCAACCCAAUGUUCCGAGGUUAUGCCCAGCAGGACACCCAGGAGUUCCUGCGCUGCCUCAUGGACCAGCUGCACGAGGAGCUCAAGGAGCCGGCCGUGGCGGCAGCGGCCGCGCUGACAGAGGCUCGGGACUCAGACUCGAGCGACACCGAGGAGAAGCGGGAGGGCGACCGGAGCCCGUCAGAGGACGAGUUCCUGUCCUGUGACUCGAGCAGCGACCGGGGUGAGGGUGACGGGCAGGGGCGUGGCGGGGGCGGCUCGCAGGCCGAGACGGAGCUGCUGAUCCCAGACGAGGCGGGCCGUGCCAUCUCUGAGAAGGAGCGGAUGAAGGACCGGAAGUUCUCCUGGGGCCAGCAGCGCACAAGCUCGGAGCAGGUGGACGAAGAUGCCGAUGUGGACACGGCCAUGGCCGCCCUUGACGAGCAGCCCGCAGAGACCCAGCCACCAUCACCGCGCUCCGCCAGCCCCUGCCGGACGCCAGAGCCGGACAACGACGCCCACAUACGCAGCUCCUCUCGCCCCUGCAGCCCCGUCCACCACCACGAGGGCCACGGCAAGCUGCCCAGCAGCCCUCCUCGUGCAAGCCCUGUGAGGGUGGGGCCGUCGUAUGUGCUCAAGAAAGCCCAGGUGCCGAGUGCCGGCAGCCGGAGGCGGAAGGAGCAGCACUACCGUAGUGUCAUCUCCGACAUCUUCGAUGGCUCCAUCCUCAGCCUUGUGCAGUGUCUCACCUGUGACCGGGUGUCCACCACGGUGGAGACGUUCCAGGACCUGUCACUGCCCAUUCCUGGCAAGGAGGACCUGGCCAAGCUGCACUCGGCCAUCUACCAGAACGUGCCGGCCAAGCCAGGCGCCUGCGGGGACAGCUACGCCGCCCAGGGCUGGCUGGCCUUCAUCGUGGAGUACAUCCGACGGUUUGUGGUGUCCUGCACCCCCAGCUGGUUCUGGGGGCCCGUCGUCACCCUGGAGGACUGCCUCGCUGCCUUUUUCGCUGCUGACGAGCUAAAGGGUGACAACAUGUACAGCUGUGAGCGGUGUAAGAAGCUGCGGAAUGGAGUGAAGUACUGCAAAGUCCUCCGGCUGCCCGAGGUCCUGUGCAUCCACCUGAAGCGCUUCCGGCACGAGGUGAUGUACUCGUUCAAGAUCAGCAGCCAUGUCUCCUUCCCCCUGGAGGGCCUCGACCUGCGCCCCUUCCUGGCCAAGGAGUGCACCUCGCAGAUCACCACCUACGACCUCCUGUCCGUCAUCUGCCACCACGGCACGGCUGGCAGCGGGCACUACGUUGCCUACUGCCAGAACGUCAUCAAUGGGCAGUGGUACGAGUUCGACGACCAGUACGUCACCGAGGUCCACGAGACGGUGGUACAGAAUGCCGAAGCCUACGUCCUCUUCUACAGGAAGAGCAGUGAGGAGGCUGUUCGGGAGCGACAGCAGGUGGUGUCGCUGGCCACCAUGCGGGAGCCCAGCCUGCUGCGCUUCUACGUGUCCCGGGAGUGGCUGAACAAGUUCAACACCUUUGCUGAGCCAGGGCCCAUCACCAACCACACCUUCCUCUGCUCCCACGGAGGUAUCCCGCCCAACAAGUACCACUACAUCGACGACCUGGUCGUCAUCCUGCCCCAGAACGUCUGGGAGCACCUGUACAACAGGUUCGGAGGUGGCCCCGCCGUGAACCACCUGUACGUGUGCUCCAUCUGCCAGGUGGAGAUCGAGGCGCUGGCCAAGCGCAGGAGGGUCGAGAUCGACACCUUCAUCAAGCUCAACAAGGCGUUCCAGGCCGAGGAGGCGCCUGGCGGCAUCUACUGCAUCAGCAUGCAGUGGUUCCGGGAGUGGGAGGCCUUCGUCAAGGGCAAGGACAACGAGCCCCCCGGGCCCAUCGACAACAGCAGGAUCGCCCAGACCAAAGGAGGCGGCCACGUGCAGCUGAAGCAGGGGGCUGACUACGGGCAGAUCUCCGAGGAGACCUGGACCUACCUCAACAGCCUGUACGGAGGCGGCCCCGAGGUCGCCAUCCGGCAGAGCGCGGCGCAGCCCCAGGACCCGGACGGCCUCCACGGGGAGCAGAAGAUCGAGGCCGAGACGCGGGCUGUGUGACGCGGCGGGCCGGUCUGUAGGUCACCCUGGCCGGGUCCUUCCCUCUCCCGACACCCUCUCGUGUCCCCAAACUCGCCUUCCACCGGGCUGCCUGGCAGGAUCCGCGUGCGGCCCCGGCUGAGCGCCCGGUGUUCCCGCAGGCCGCGUCUGCCCCUCGUCCCCGGGAGGGCGCCGGAGGCCCAGCCGUGCGCAGGCAGCGAGGGGUUUGCUUCACCGUGCAUAGCGCUACUGCCAGGAAAUAGACUCCCUCCAGGCUUGUUUAAACGACCAGGACUCUGUGACGUUCAUUUGACACCAGUCACUGUCAGCCUUGUGUCCCCAGACCUGCCUCUCGCUAGAUCGGGCUCAGCCUUUGUCCCUCGCUCCUGACGCCGCCCCCGAGUCAGACCCCGGGGCCGGGACGGAGGCCUGCAGCCGUCUUCCGCUGUGCACUCGGCCCGGGGCCCCAGAGACUCGCGCAGGGAGCCGGGGAGCCAGGGAGCUGAGGGGCCGGGAGCCGGGGAGCCAAGGGGCCGGGAGCCGGGGAGCCCAGGGGCCGGGAGCCGCAGGCGGGCAGGGCUCCCUGUGCCCGUCCCUGCAGCCUCGCUUCACCCCUGCAUCUCUCGGUGUCGCCAGGAAGACCCCAGAGGCCUGGGCUGCUCCCAGGAUCUCUGUGCUGCAGACAGAGCUUGGACGUGAAGGGGGCGUGGGUUGGACCUCCCACGGUGGGGACGCCCUCCCCGGCCCUGCUGAGCCUGCCCUGCGACUUGCCUCACUCCUGGGGAGAGCCGGCCCGGCCCCCAGGGCACCGAUGACAAGCAGAAAUACCUCAACGUGUUGUCACCUGCUGCCCCUGCGCGCUCGGCUGAGCCUGUCCUGGGUGAGCCGGCGAGGACGGGCUGCCUCCGGGUCAGACUAAGCAAAUGGGCAGUGGAGGAGGGGUCCUGAGACCAAGCCCCCCAGCCCGCCGUGGCCUUCUCCGUGGAAGCGUCCCCAGGGAGUUGGAGAAGCCCUGAGACCGCCCCGGGGGGGGGGGGGGGGGCGUCCUUCCCAGGGCCUGUUCCUUCCCCGGCCAGCAGGUGGCGUUGCUCGGAGAAGGGCCCUGCCAGGGUUUCCUGUGUUGGAGCGCUGGGAACCUGGGGUCGGCCCGCGGCCAGUCUGCCGAGGCUGUCACAAUAAACACAGAUGCGUUCCCACGG